AUGCGAGGCCUCGACUCGCAGCAAGCCGCACAAGCCGUCGCGGCAGCGUACGUCGCCGCCGGCCUGCGCGCGGACAGCAGCUCCGCAGCGAACGCACGCUUCGACAAGCAGCGCGACGAGUGGCUCGCGGACAUGAACUACUUCCUCGAGCCUGACUGGUGGCCCAUGUGGCCCGAAGCGCAGCAGGACAUGCUUCUCGACGACUUGGAGCGCGCGAGGGCCGCAUACGCCUCGAUCUCGGCGCUCGUCCUUCCUUGGGACGACGAAGCUCCUAAAAUCCGCUUCACCUCAGACACGCUCGGCGGCAUGCGCACGACCUUCUGUCGCCUUGCCUACCUCGUCCACAAGAUCGGCCAGUCGCCGCCUCCAGGCGAGCACCCGCAGCAGUGGCGCCUCGCGACCAACAAGUGGUUCGAGGCGGGCGUCACGACGCAGAUCUCGGCGUGGGAGUUCGACGACCAGGACAAGCGCAUGCGGGCGCAGGCUCUGCGCGAGUUUUCUGUCCCCGACAUGGACAAGCGCCACUUUCCGCGCCUGCAUCGCCUCAUCGAGGAUGCUCUAGAGAUGCGCGUCGCCCGGGACGAGCAGCGGCACGCCGUCCAACAACGCGAGCGUAAGCGCGUCAACGCCGACCUCGAGCACUUUCGGCGCGAGGCGCCGCACGCCAACCGCGACGACGAGCUGGCCGCGUUAUGGCGCUCCUUCGCUCGCAACCGCGGCAUGGAGAUCCCCGAGCACCCGCCGCACGGACCUGCGGCCGGAGCAGGCCCGGCGCACAGCCUCGCGCACCGCUCGUACCCGCGCGCCGAGCUGAGCGAGAGGCAGCAGGUCGUGUACGGGCGAGGCAGGGUGCGGUACUGA